CGUGACGCCAACGGGCCACCGGGCGCCAAAUUCAAACCGGGAAACGAACCGAACUGCCUCUGAGCCCCGAGCAGCAGCGGAGCCCGGCGGCGCCGGGUCCCUGCGGGGAGGCAGCGGGGCGCGCGACCCCCCUGCCCCCACCGACACCGGGGGUCUGUUUUUGCAGUUUUCAAUGGAGAGCGACUGUACAGAUCAAUGAUGAGGACCAGCCCUCGCAGGCCCCUGAUUCUCAAGAGACGAAAACUGUCCCUCCCAGAUGGCAGUGCAUCCAACUCUCCAGCAAGAGAUGAACCAGAUGGGGAGAGUAAAGGAGUCCCCAAGCAGGAGCAUAGCAGAGGGGACAAACCCAGGGACAGAGUGGAGUGUGGCUCCCAGAAAUUCCCAGCAGGAAUAAAGAUAAUUAAUCACCCUACCAUGCCCAACACCCAGGUGGUGAUCAUCCCUCCUGAUGCUGACAUCCAGAGUAUCAUUGAGGCUCUGACAGCCAAGGGGAGAGAAUGUGGCAGCAAUGGGCCCAACAAGUUCAUUCUUAUCAGCAGUGGGGGCAGCUCUCGCCCUACAGGCUCAGCAGCAACUCAGCAGACGCUCCAAUCAAAGGAUGAGACGAGCACAGCAACAAAGGGGGCCAGAGCAGCAGAUUGUCAGGGCGGAGAGAAGAACCUCGGACAAAACCCUGAUAAAACUGUGGAAAGGACAGUACUGUGGCCUCCACAAGUCAAUUCCAUGGGAGGACAAGAACAGGAAGGAAACAGCAGUGGAGAGGCAACAAGCAGCGGGUUGGAUAACAGUCUGACUAACAUCCAAUGGCUAGGGAAGAUGAGCUCUGAUGGGCUGGGCUCCUGUUCUGUGAAACAAGAGAUGGAGAAGGAGAACCAGACACCUGUGCAGGAGAGGAUCAAGACUGAAGAAGACUCCAUUUCUGCCACUGCUACCUCCUCCUCCUUGUGGCAGGACUCAAUAUCAGAACGGCCCCCCUACUCCUAUAUGGCCAUGAUCCAGUUUGCCAUCAACAGCACGGAGAAGAAGCGCAUGACUCUGAAGGAUAUCUAUACCUGGAUUGAGGACCAUUUUCCUUAUUUCAGAUAUGUGGCCAAGCCAGGCUGGAAGAACUCCAUUCGACACAACCUAUCCCUUCACGAUAUGUUUGUCCGGGAGACGUCUGCUAAUGGUAAAAUCUCCUUCUGGACCAUCCACCCUGAUGCCAAUCGCUAUCUGACGCUGGACCAAGUGUUCAAGCCACUGGAUGCGGGGUCACCAACAUCGCCUGAGUACUCUGAAUCACAGCAAAAACGACACAUUCCAGAACUCCAGAAGAACACAGGGGGGAACAGCAGCAACAAAACUGAGCCGCAGAAUGCACGCCGAAAGAUGAAGCCUUUGCUUCCUCGCGUCAGCUCCUACCUGGUUCCAAUCCAGUUUCCUGUGAGCCAACCUCUCAUCCUGCAGUCCUCCCUGAAGGUGCCUCAGCCCAUGGCCCAGGGAGCCUCCCUCAGUGGCUCAGAGGCUCUCCGGAGCAGCAAGCGUGUACGCAUUGCUCCAAAGGUGUUGCCGUCCACUGAAGAGCCAUCCUCAUUCUUGCCCACAGGGCCUGUGAAGGAGAAGAGUCACUGUGAUGAAAGGCUGCCCCCAUUUGCCCCAAGCCAAUCUGUAAAGGAGAACAACUCCCAGCCUGGUGAAGCACUAGCCUCUUUCCCUGCAGCCCUGUGUAUAAAGGAGGAGAAGGAGGACUCUUAUCCUGACAAAUGGCUGCCCUCAUUCCCCCCAGUCUUGUCUAUAAAGGAGGAACCAGUGCAGUCUGAUGAAGAGACAGGCCUGUUGCUCCCAGUACCAUGUGUGAAGCGAGAGAAACACUUUACCGUGCUGAAGUCCCCGCCCCGGGGUGUAUCUGACACAGUGAUUAUAAAGAGGCGGAAGAUGGGCAGGUCCAGAAGGAAACAGCACCUAGUGCUGCCUUGCUCAGAAGAGCCAGUCCUGGUUCUGCCAGAGAGCAGUGGCUCUGACUCCUUCAGGCUAGCGUCAGACCUUCCUUUCCUGCAGGAAACCCAGUCUCUGGAGCUCAGCUGCUCCCAGGAGGAGGGUGGCCCCUUUAAAACACCAGUCAAAGAGAUGUUCUGCAAGCUGCCAGUUUCUUCCACCCCUAGCAAAGUCCCAACUGCUACUCCACCAAUGGGGAGCCCUGACUCCUGGAGACUUGCACCCAUUGCUAAGGAAAGCAGUGAGCUGGACUUCAGCCCUGUGAGAACCCCUCAGGUGCCAUUCACAUCCCUCCAGGAGAACUUGGACUUGCUGGGCUUCAACAGCACUCCCCUUAAAAACUCCUUGUUUGACUCCCCUCAACAGCUUCUCCAAACAGAGUCCAAUGACAUGGUUUCCGGGCCCCUCACAAGCUCUCCUGCUUCCAAUCCUGAAUCCACCAAGCAAUCAUCCCCGGAAUUACCAGCCUCUGGACUACCUGAGAAUCAGUCUCUCAUGGAGGGCCUGGUCCUGGACACCAUGAACAACAGCCUGAGCAAAAUCCUGCUGGAUAUCAGCUUUUCUGGCCUAGAGGAUGACAUCCUGGGGCCAGAGAUGAGCUGGUCUCAGUUUAUUCCUGAACUGAGAUAGGCUGUGUUUGGCUUAUUCCCAAGCUGCAAUGGACACUGGGCUCUACUGAGACUUGCUCAGAUGGGAUAUGCAGGGGCCCAUAAUGUGGUUUUGACUUAUUCCCAUUGGGAAUACUGGGCUGUACUGAGAUCUGCUUGGCUGGAAAACAGACAGGCCCAUUGGCUGCUAUGAGUUCGCUUAUGAGCUGCAAUAAAUAUUGGUGUGGGACAGGCUGGGGCUUAUUGGCUGGUCUUGCCUCAGGCCUGAGUUAGUGGAGAAACAGAGGCCCUUGUGAAAAGGUUACAGGGCAGGUUUCCAGGUGGGUGCUGAAUCGCCCUGCCAUCCAAGGGGUUGGAGGCGAUGAGGAUAGGCCCCUCCACAGUACAUUUAUUGAAGGGAGAGAAGUCCCAAGCCUUUCCCAGCUCUGUCCUCAACAACUCCCGUCCUUUCACUGUGCUCCACUUUCCUGAGGUGUCUUGCUUGUCAUGACUCUGUAAAUAUUGUACAUUCCUUAAAUUAGCUUUUAAUUAUAAAUGUCACUUUAUUCUUUUAGAACUUAUGGGAAUAGAAAUGGGUGGUACAGGGAGAGUGCUUCAAAUCAAGCCCUUUCUCUUCCCUGUGAACCAGGUUGAAUGCCUAAGAUGCCAUUUUUGGUCUUCCCUCACUUCAGAAACACAUUGGUAUAGGACGCUUUGAAUGUUGGCAGAGGUUGAAAGAUCACCCCUCCGCAAGUGUGUGUCUAUUCCAAUUGCAACGUAACAGCUUGCUGUACUACAGCCCUGCUAAACCCCUUUGCUUGGACUUUGUCUCACAGAUAUGUCAUCCCGGCUGUGGUGGUGAAGAGCAGUUGCUCUUAAAUCUAGGUCUGAUUUCUUGGGUGCCACACACCAGGUCCCCGACAAUGUACACUUGGAGGCCUAGCUACAUUUAGCGCUGCAGCUCAGACUGACAUUUAGCUGAAUGCUUCAAGCCACCCUAAUCAGUCCCAACAAUUGAAGUGGUUGAGAGGAAUUGUAAGAUGGAUGUUAAAAUCUUCACUUAAAAAUAUGCCGUCUCUUGAAACUCACUUGUGUAUCUUCCACUGCAGUGUGUAAUAGGGCAGCUGGUGUCAGUCCUCUGGUGUUUAUGUAAUAAGAAGGAAUGUGCCCUGGAAGGACUUUAGAUGGGGCCUCUGUUCAAAAACAAAAUAAGAUGCAGACGUACCUCAACCAAA